AUGGGAGUACCCACCUUUUACAGAUGGCUAGUUACAAGGUAUCCAAAAAUAGCCAAAGCAGUUUACGAGACCAGAGAUAGUGAUGUGUAUUCAAGAAGAACAAAAUAUGAUGAGAAUGGAGAAUAUUUUAAAGUACACGAUUUAAAUGAUUAUGUUAAUAAUACAGAUGAAUUACAUUGUUCAGAUAAUAUCAAUGGAUAUUUCGAUAAUAUGUAUUUAGAUAUGAAUGGAAUUAUUCACUUAUGUUCACAUAGUGAUAAUAGUAAAAGAGCAAAAAGUAAUGAAGAAAUAUUUCUGAAUGUUUUUUUAUAUGUAGAAAGAUUAUUUGAUAUUAUAGAACCCAAGAAACUUCUUUAUAUGGCUAUUGAUGGUGUUGCACCUAAAGCAAAAAUGAAUCAACAAAGAAGUAGAAGAUUUAAAUCUAUAUCAUGUUCAGAAAUAGAAAAGAGAGCAUAUUUAGAAUUAAAGGAACGUUUUAUAGCUGAAAAUAAAAUGGUACCUGAGGAAACAACCUAUUGGGAUAGUAAUGUUAUAACUCCAGGUACUGAAUUUAUGCAUGAAUUAUCUAUUGCUUUAAAAUAUUUUAUUGAACACAAAAUUACAAAUGAUGAAAAAUGGAAAAAUGUUGUUGUUAUAUUUUCUGAUUCUAAUGUAUGCGGAGAAGGAGAACAUAAAAUAUUUAAUUUUAUAAAAUCGCAAAGAGCACAACCAGGUUAUGAUCCAAAUACUAGACAUGUAAUACACGGGAUGGAUGCUGAUUUAAUUAUGCUUUCUUUAGCUAGUCAUGAACCAUAUUUUUAUAUAUUAAGAGAAAUUAUUGAUUUAGACCCGAAAUCUGAAGAAAAAGAAAAAACGAAAAAAAAAGAUUAUGUAGGUAUGCUUAAAAGUUAUGAUGAUUUACAUUUCUGUACUAGAUAUACUAAAAAAGAAAAAAAAUUAUUUAAUAAAUAUAAUGAUCCAAAUUAUGCUAAUGUUACGAUUAGUAAGAAUGCGUCACUUAAUUAUGAAUAUUGGAAUGAAUUGCAAAUUCUGGAUUUAACCAUAUUAAGAGAAUACUUAUUAAAAGAUCUAUUUUUUGAUACAAGCUUUAAUAUGGAAAGAUGUAUAGAUGAUUUUAUAUUUAUUUGUUUUUUUUGUGGAAAUGAUUUCUUACCUCAUUUACCAUCCAUUUCUAUAGCAGGAGGAAGUAUAGAUCAAUUAAUAUUAUUAUAUCAAAAGGUUCUACCAACAUUAGGAGAUUAUUUAAUUAAUGAAGGUUCUAUUAAUUUAAAAUCUUUUACAAAAUAUAUAUCUUUCAUAGCGGAGGUGGAAAGGGAAACCUUUGUUUCUCAAUAUGAUUUCAAGAAGAAAAGAGAAAAAAGAGAAUUACAACAAAAGGAUUCAUUAAAAAGAGCGAAAUGUGUUGAUGAUCCAACAGAUCAGGUUCUACAGCAUUUAGAAAAAUCAGAUGUAAACAACAAGACAAAUAAAGUUCAACAAGGUGAAAUUAAUACUAAUAAAGGACCUAAUAGUAUGUUAGCAAAUAAAUCGGAAAAUAUUACAACUCCUGCAUCUAGUCUUGUUUCAAAAAAAAUGUUAUAUGAAAGUAAAAUUCAAAGUAUGCAGCCUAUGAGAAAUAUUAAGUAUAAAGAUAAGAAAGGUGAAAAAAGUAUUAAUUUUCUAGUUCGCCCUGUUUCAAAUGUUGAGAAACCUAUAAAUAAUGAACAAGAGGAAGAUCACUCAUUGAAUAGUGAUUUAUUACAAAAAGGUGAAACAUUUUUUAAUAAUGAUACAUUACAAGAUGGUGAUACCCUACAAAAUAAUAAUAAUAAUAAUGAUAAUAAUAAUGAUAAUGAUAAUACUAAUGAACAUAAUAAUAAUAAUAAUGAUAAUACUAAUGAACAUAAUAAUAAUAAUAAUAAUAAUAAUAAUGAUAAUACUAAUGAACAUAAUAAUAAUAAUAAUGAUAAUAGUUUAUUUUCUAAUAACGAUAUAUUCUCAAAUAAUGAUGCAUGUAAUUAUAAUGACACAUUUUCUAAUAAUGAUACUUUAUCGAAUACUGAGGUGUUACCAAAAGAUUCAUAUGAUGAAAAUAAAAAAUUAGAUGAUAUUAACGAAUUCAAUUUAUUAUUAAAAGAAGCUAUUAAAAAAGCAAACGAAUGUGAAAAUCCAAAAGAGGAUGUAGAAUUAGGAGGAGAUGAAAAUCCAGAUAUUAUAAGAAUGAAAUAUUAUAAAUCUAAAUUUCAUUUAGAUGAUAAUGAUGCUAUAGAAGAUUUUAUUAAAGAUGUUGUUUAUAAAUAUGUUGAAGGAUUAGCUUGGGUUCUGGCAUAUUAUUUUCAAUCUUGUCCUAUGUGGCAUUGGUAUUAUCCAUAUUAUUAUGCUCCAUUAUCUUCAGAUUUAAUUAUUGAUAAUAUAACUUUUAAUUUUGAAAAAGAUGAACCAUUAUUACCAUUCGAACAAUUAUUAUGUGUCUUACCAGCUAAUUCAAGCCAUUGUUUACCAAAAAUGUAUAAACAAUUAAUGUUACAUAAAGAUUCACCAAUUAUCGAUUUUUAUCCUCAUACUUUUAAAGAAGAAGAAAAUGGGAAAAAAUAUAAAUACCAGUGGAUUAUAUUACUUCCAUUUGUAGAUAAGGAUAGAAUAAUUAAACACGCAAGACCUUUACAUGAUACAUUAAAUAAUGAUGAAAAAAAAAGAAAUAGGAGGGGUCUCAAUAAAAUAUAUGUUAGCUCAAAUCAUCCAUUAUCGAAAACAAUAACAAAAUCUAUUAAAAAUUAUUUAAAAGAAGUUAAAGAAAAGGAAUCCUUAAAAAAUGAAGAUGCAUUAAUAAAUAUGCAAAAUAAAGAAGAUAUUGAAUAUUCCCAUAAUGCUGAACGAAAUGAAGCUAAUAUGAAUGAUGAAGAACACGAUAAUGAAGAAAAGGACACUGUAAGUAAUAAUAAUAAUAAUAAUAAUAAUAAUGAAAAGCAGAAUAUAAUCAACAAAAAUGAUAACAAUAACAACAACAAGAACAAUACAUAUGAUGUUUAUUUUAAAAAUAUGAAUAUAACCAUUCCAAUAACUACCAACAGAAAUGUUAAUCUCUUUGGAUAUUUAAAUUGUAAACAUGAAGAAAGUGAUGUACAUAUACUUAAAAAAAUAUUUAAAUUCUCAUCGAACUUUUCAUCAACUUGUAAUAGUGCGUUCUAUUUACAACCAGAAUUUGAAAAACAUUCAUCAGCACUCUUGAAGAACCAUAUUAGACCCAAAAAUGUUUUAAAUGUACUAGAUAUAAAUAACGAAGAAAGAAAAUUAAGAUUUAACGCACCAGCUGCUAAAAGGAUGAUUUUAAAUAGUUUAAGCAAUAAUCAUCCACAAAUCUAUUCUUUCACCAAAUAUAACCAAUCAAGAAAUCAAGAAACGAAUCAUCAUUAUCAUAAUCCUAAUAAUUAUUCAAAUGAUCCUAGGUUAAAUAAUGCUUACCAUUAUAAUAAUAAAGUAAGAGAUAAUAUGCAUAAUUAUAAUAAUAGUGCAAAUUAUAAUUAUACAAAGACACCAAAAAAUUAUAAUUAUCAUCAUAAUCAAAAUUUCCAAGAUCAAAAUUAUAAUAAUAAUUUCCCAAACUUGUCACAUAAAAAUAAUAAUAUGUAUCAAAUGCCAAAAAAAAAUGUCACAUAUUCACAUGAACAUAAAAAAGAUGUAACUUAUAAUAAUUAUAAUAAUUCUAGAAAUACAUAUAAUAAAGAUAAUACAAAUUACGAAUCCCCAUAUAACGUGUCAUACAAUUCUCAUUAUAAUAAUAAUAAUUAUAUCAAGCAUAAAAAUGAUCCCAAGUCAUUCUCAAAUAAUAAUAUAUAUAAUAAUAAUCCCCCUCAUAGUUAUCAUCAUAAUAAUUAUAAAAACUAUAGUAAUAAUUAUCAUAAUUACCACAACGAAGGAAAUUAUUAUAAAAAGGAUCCCUACCAUAACAACAGCAGCAAUUAUAAUAAUAACACAACUGGAACAAAUAAAAAAAAUAACUACUAUAAUAAUAGAUCAAUGCCUUAUAAGGAUAAAUGA